AUGAUCUAUUCGAAGCAGGAGUAUUAUACGCCGGCGGAAGUUGCGAUGCACAACAAGGCCAACGACUGCUGGGUUUCGAGGAAUGGCAAAGUGCUAGACUUGACCUCGUGGCUGGAGCAGCAAAUGAAGCUCUGCAGGUGCACCAAGAGCUGCUCGUGCGCAAACAAGAACUGGUAUUGCGGCAGCGCCUGUGUGGAGUACUGUAGCUGCUUCAAACGGGGCUUCACGUAUUGCGACGCGAAAAGGCUCGCCAUGACGAUCCUUGCAUAUGCCGGCAAAGACGUGAGCCACUGGUUCAAAGGGGAGGAAUGGGUGAAAUACGUCCAUCCUAUAGUUGGCUCCGAAAUACCGUACCAGCGGCACGGCCACGGCUUCAGGCAGCCCGUAGUUCCCUCUACACGUUGGCGUCCCAUCGUUAAGCCUUGGUGGUUGGACGAGAGCAUCGUCGUUGGCAAACUGACGUCCAGAUCCCGGCCUAUUAAGAUAACCAAUACGCUGUCAGGAUCCUCUGUGACUUUGGAGGUGUGCUCCGAGGAGACUAUUUAUCAAAUAAUGAUGAGGUACUUGCCUCACAAUUCGCACAUGCACUCCUACACAUGGCGCCAUCUAGGGAAGACCCUCGCAUACAAUCGUAAUUUAGAACAAAAUGGAGUCUACGACGAAAGGGAUCUGUUUAAUGAGCUGGCGUUACCUGAGAACAUCUACGUCCCUAAUCUCCUAUUGUAUUACAACGACGAUUUGACAGAAGAUCCUGUUAAAGAAGAUUGCCUUUGCCACAACAAAGAAUGUAGAUCUAUGCCGGACCGAUGCCAAAAUGUU